UUCGGUGAAGAGACGGGGCUGAGGUUCUGAGGAAGAGGCCGGGGUUUUUUGUUUUCCUUUUUUGCGGCGCGGGCGGGGUACGUUCGGUCGAGGGCUCCGCCGCGAGGUAACCGGGGAGAGGUGCCCAGCUUUGGGGUGGGCCUCCCUCAGCCAUGGAGCACAUCACGACGCCCAAGGUAGAAAAUGUCAAGUUACUAGAUCGUUACACCAACAGAAAGCCAGCAAAUGGAACAUUGUACUUGACGGCAACCCAUUUAAUCUACGUAGAUGCUUCGGCUGAAGUUCGAAAGGAAACAUGGAUUCUCCACCACCAUAUUGCUAGUGUGGAGAAACUGCCUCUGACCGCAUCUGGCUGUCCACUGCUUAUUCACUGCAAGAAUUUCCGUGUUGCUCACUUUAUUAUUGGUCAUGAGCGGGACUGUCAUGAAGUCUACACUUCCCUGCUGAAACUUUCUCAACCAGUGAAACCGGAAGAGCUUUAUGCAUUCUCUUACAAUCCCAAAAUGCCCAAAGAGAACCGGGAGAUGGGCUGGAAGCUGAUAGAUGUCAAAAUAGACUACCAGCGCAUGGGGAUUCCAAAUGACUAUUGGGAAAUAACUGAUUUUAACAAAGACUAUGAGGUUUGCAGCACAUACUCUCCAGAUCUAGUGGUGCCUAAAGCAGCUACUAGGGCAAUGGUGCUGGGGAGCUCAAAGUUUCGAAGCCGAGGUCGGAUACCAGCACUUUCCUACUUCUACAAAGAGAAUAAUGCUGCAAUAUGUCGUUGUAGUCAGCCCUUGUCUGGGUUUAGUGCUCGUUGCCUAGAGGAUGAACAGCUGCUGCAAGCACUUAGGGAAGCCAACCCAGGAAGUCCGUUCAUGUAUGUUGUAGACACAAGGCCAAAGUUGAAUGCCAUGGCCAACCGAGCUGCUGGAAAGGGUUAUGAGAAUGUUGAUAACUACGACAACAUUCGUUUUAAAUUCAUUGGUAUCGAAAACAUCCAUGUAAUGAGGAGCAGCCUGCAGAAGCUACUGGAAGUGUGUGAAACGAAAUCUCCUUCAAUGAGUGAUUUCCUUACUGGCUUAGAGAACUCUGGCUGGUUACGGCACAUUAAAGCUGUAAUGGAUGCUGGUGUCUUUCUUGCUAAGGCAGUGAAAGAUGAAGGUACCACCGUCCUAGUGCACUGCUCUGAUGGCUGGGAUCGCACUGCCCAGGUCUGCUCAGUGGCCAGCCUCCUCUUGGACCCCUUUUAUCGGACCUUUAAGGGAUUUAUGGUCCUGAUAGAAAAGGAAUGGAUUGCAAUGGGCCACAAGUUCUCACACAGGUGUGGCCAUCUAGAAGGGGACCCCAAGGAAGUGUCUCCUGUCUUCACCCAGUUCAUUGAAUGUACCUGGCAGCUCAUGCAACAGUUUCCUUGUGCGUUCGAUUUUAAUGAGAGGUGUCUUCUUGAAAUUCACGAUCACGUCUAUUCCUGCCAGUUCGGCAAUUUCCUGGGGACCUGUCACAAGGACCGGGAAGAUAUGAAAAUCCUUGAGAAGACUCAUUCCCUGUGGCCUUUCCUUCUCCAGAAGAAGCAGGAGUUCAGAAACCCACUCUAUAAGGGAUUUGCAGCUUACAAGGAACUCCGGCCGAACACACUGCCAUUUAGUUUUCAGUUCUGGUGUGGCAUGUAUAACCGCUUUGACAAAGGAAUGCACCCAAAACAGUGUGUAUUGGAUCAUCUUCUUGGCUGCAACAGCCAGAAAGUGGAGCUGGAGGGUGUUGCUACUGACUUGGAAAAUAAAUUGCCUCUCUUAGAGGGACCGCUGCCAGAUGAGGUUUCCAUCUUAUCCAAAAUGGUUACUGCAUCAACUGUCUGUUCCAAGUCCCCAAUGCUCAACACACCUCAGGACUAUGAGGACGAGCCUCCUGCCCUGUUGGCUAAUGGCAUCCUGGCAAGGGAGGAGGGAGAUGAACCGGAUCAGCAGCUGAAGAGCCAAGAGGUUCGUGUUAAUACCCAUGACAUUCCAGGUGGUGACAGCAGCAGCAGCAGCAGCAGCAGCAGCAGCAGCAGCACCAGCAGCAGCAGCACCAGCAGCAGCAGCACCAGCACCCAUGGGACCAUCCCACCUGAGGCUCGAGCAAGAAAUCUCCAUUGAACUGAUCUUUGCAUCUGCCCUGAACCAUAGAAAAUUGGCAAUAAAGCAUGCAAGACCUGUGACCCGGUGCUGGGAGAGCCACCUCACUCACGUAUGGCUAAGUGUUGUGUUAUGUAUUUUGGAAGCAAGGGAGGAGGCUGCUGUUCAAAGGCUUUCAAGAGCAACCCAUGGGGUUGCAUGGGGCUGGCUUUUGGGCUGCCACAAAUAGUUUCUGGGCAUAUCUUCCAGAACAGCCACACAUAUUCCUUUUUUCUGGUGCAAGUUCAAAUGGCUUCUGAGGCAGGUCGCCCUUUCCAAGAUGAGGAAGUUUUUUAAAGCCACAAGGUUUCAGAUACAUGGAUUUAAAAGCAUUGUGAGCUACUAGUGAAUGGUAGAAAAUGCCAGUCCAUGUUAGAGAGGCUUUCCUUGGCUGGCUUCUGACACCUUGCAUGGGAAUUCUAUUCAGUGGCAACAUUGGGUUAAUAUUUGCUAGCCCCUGCACAUAUUUUUGUAAGCAGUUGUGCCUUUUUUGUUCUUUUUCUUUUUCUAACUAGAGAUUACUGUCAUGUCCAACCAUUAGCAAUGUGGUGUUUUAUUACUGUGAUAUGUGGCUGUAAUGUGCAAGUAUGCGACCUUUUUUAUUGAUACCUUUUUUAAAACGCAAAACAACAUGUUUUGAACCAGUCUUGCUGAUAGUUUAUAUCUUUAUCAAUGUUAAUGAGCUUGAAUAAUAUUGUGGCAUUUAGAUGAAGUGGCGAUAGACUAUGGUCAAAGGUCUUAAAGCAUCUACAGAAGUCUUGGCUGCUCAGUAACAUGCCAUUUAGCUUCCACUGAUUCCUGGAGGUCUAGUCCAAGCAUUGUCUGGGUUACUGUGCAUCUUUGCUGGUAUAAGAGUGGGUGCACAGACUCUCCACUCCACCCCACAUACAGUAUUACAUGUGCACAGAAACCCAGUUAGAUAAGACAACAACAUUCUCAAUCUUCCUGGUUUUCAGGAUAAUGAAUCACAUGAAUUCAUUAACCUUGUGGAACACCUGGUUCAUGCAUGUAGGAAGGAGGGCAGCACACCUAUUAUUCUACCAUGGGAAGCCUCUUGUCAGCUUCCUAAAUAUCUGAGCUGGGCCAAAGUGUGAUUACUGUGACAUAUUUGAGACAAAAUAGGACCAAGUUUCCCCAUUUCACAUCUCCGAAUUGCCUUGUGUGAUUUGUUAUUGAUCUCCCAGAGUGAAGGAUUUGGAAAUCCUUCCAAUUCCACCAUAUAUAGCGCUUCCAAUUCCACCAUUAUUGAAAUAGACGCACAAGAUUUGUGCUGUUUUAUGCUUGUUAGUGGCACACUCCUUGUUUGAGUAAGUGAACUGCCACCAUGCUAUAGAUCAGGGCUGGGAUACCUUGGCCUUCCAGAUGUUUCAUCCCAAUGCCCAUCAUCUCUGGCCAUUCUAUGUGUUUGUUGGAACAGAUGAGAGGCAGUUGUAUUCUAGCAACAAUUGGAGUGUCACGGAUUCCCUAUCUUUCUUUUAAUACAUUCCUUAUUGGGUAAAAUAGUGGUACUUAGGCUUGGAGAUUCCUGCUGACUUAACGAGAGGAAGAACAGUUUGCACUUGCAAAAUACAAAUUUUUCCACAAAGCACUAACAUACAGUGUAGCAUCCUACAUUUGUUUUUUACUCCCCACCCCACUGUUGUGUAUUUGCAGGCUUGGCAACAGGAGUAGAUCAAAGUGAAGCACUGCUCUUUGGAAUCUUCUGCACUUAUCCAGGGAAAUGGGAUUCCAGGCACUAAAACACGGUAUCCUAUUAUGAUAGGGGGGGGGGAGUCUCUUCAUAGGUUAGUCACAGUUCCUGACUUGCCAUUAGCAGUUGAUUUCAGGACUGUGUUUUAUAGAAUACAUUUUGAAAUAUUGUAUAGUUAUCCAGUCUUUAUGACCAGCCUGGCAUUUUCUCAGCAUGUAAUAUUGCCAGAAUGGCAUAUGCUUUGCCAGGACACUCAGCUCUGGUAUUCUAAUAAAGGUGCUUCUUAAGAAUCUCUGUCUGGUUAGACAAGAACAUUUCGCCUCACUUCCUCUUAGCCUUGCUGAUCAGAAAUCCAUUAACAAUAUGCUGCUCGAGAAGAUGCAAGCCUAUGCUAUGCAUAUUUAUUUAUCUUGCUUGUUUGCUUUUUGGCCUGCUGGUCUUUUUUUAAAACACACACACAUACACACACACACACACACACACAAAACCUUCAUUUUCAGAAUAUAGAAAAGGGAAGAAAAGUCAGGACUUGAAACCCUAAUUAAGCACCAGGUCCUGAUGAAGAGAGCAGAAACAGUAUACAUACAUAACAAUAAGCAAGCAAAUGUGUGACCAGAUAUAUUGAUGCUAAUCCAUAGGCACUAAAAGUCACACAGGUUGUAGUUUCUUUCCUGUAAAGCAGGUGUGCCAAAACAUUCUCAGCCCACAGGCAACAUUCCUUCCUGGAGAACCUUCCAAGAGCCACAUAUUGGUGGUAAAUGAAGCCAGAGCCUAAAGUGGGCAGAUGUAAGGAUGUGGCUCUCAGUAGGCCACAUUCCAGGAGCACAAAAGUUGGAUGUUACUACAGCUACCCAUCCAGGCAAGCAAGAGUCAUAAUUAUCAUUCAAGCACAGAUUCCAGCUACGCAAAGACACUCAAGCGUGUUAGUGAGUAGCAUGGCUUGAAGAGUGGGGGGUGGCCUCAUGUUGUGGGGCAGCAUAGUGAGAGUCCCAAGCAGAGGGAAAGACCUGGAGGGCCACAUCUGGCCUCUUGGGCCUGAGGUUCCCCACCCCUGCUGUAUAGAUAAAUUAAGUCCUUUGUUACACUGUUUUUAAAAGGAAGGCAACUUUUUAAAAUAUGGAUUAUGUAGGAGUAAGACAUUCCAGUCAAAGGUGAGAAAAUGUUAAACUAUGCAUUCAAAUGUACCUCUGUAAUAAACACCUAUCUUCUAAUACUAGUACAGUGGAACCUCGGUUUAUGAACACCUCGGUUUAUGAAUUUUCGGUUUAUGAACGCCACGGACCCAUCUGGAACGGAUUAAUUCACUUUCCAUUACUUUUAAUGGGAAAGUUCGCUUCAGUUUAUGAACGCUUCAGUUUAUGAACACACUUCCGGAACCAAUUACACCCAUGUUUCAGUUUAUGAACGCUUCAGUUUAAGUACUUCGCGGACCCGUCUGGAACGGAUUAAUCCACUUUCCAUUACUUUCAAUGGAAAAGUUCGCUUCAGUUUAUGAACGGUUACUCCGCGGACCGUCUGGAACGGAUUAAUCCACUUUCCAUUACUUUCAAUGGGAAAGUUCGCUUCAGUUUAUGAACGCUUCAGUUUAUGAACAGACUUCCGGAACCAAUUGUGUUCAUAAACCGAGGUACCACUGUAUAUAGCAUUUGCUAAGUGAUUCCGUCUAAAUUUCAGUAUUAACAUUGUUCAUUGUAUUCCAAAAUGAGAUUGCCUUUUCCUGGGGUAAAAGCACCUGUUAUCUGACCAGUGUGAUUUGAAUGGAAAACAGCAUUAGAAUCAUAGAAUUGUAGAGGUGGAAGGGACCAUGGGGGUCAUCUAGUCCAACCUCCUGCAAUGCAGGAAUCUUUUGCCCAACGUGGGGCUCGAACACACAACUCUGAGAUCUCAUGCUCUACCGUCUGAGCUAUCUCCUAGUAACUAAAUUCAGUCUUCUGCAAGCUUUGAAGCUCUGUUUUAUGUCUCUGGAGAAAGUUCUGAAAGCACCUGAAUCUUUGCCUGGUUGCCGAGAUUUUGGAUUCUUGCCAUUAAGACUCAGUCAUAAAUUUCAUUGUCUCAGUCUUUUAUCACUAUUGACGCAUCUUCAUUCUGUGCUAGCCUGAAGUGAUCACAUUUUCUUCCGUAUCUAGAAUCCAUUUAUUCAAGAAGAUCACCUGUUGCUGUCUUUUUCCUUGGGGGACACCUCUUAAAAUAUAUUUUUCCUUCCUUGAAUAUCUAGUUCCUUCAUUUUGUUAAACACAAUCCCAUCCAAUCUAAUAAACUUUACCAGCCUUGUAGUUUUGAUCUCUAAACCUUUCUAGCCUUUCAUCUAGUAUUAAAGUUCCUUUCCUCAUGUAGAUUGAUAGAAAACUCUAAUUUUAGUUCUUGGUAAAGAAGAGGGUAAUCUUUCAAAUAGGGAUGCUUACAAAAUUCUCCCCAUCUGAAUUUCUUAUAAAUCAACGUGGAGGGGAUCCGCAUUACUUCAUAUUACCUUAAACUUGCUGAAGUGGCUCUAAUGUAACAUUAGUCCAAAAAAAUUCAGUUCCUAGGUGUUUUGUUUAGUAUCUUAUGAAACUCAUCAGUUUUCAGUUUGCUUCCAUCCUCCCCAUUACAGAUACAUUCACCAGAGCCUAGUACAUAAAUUGAUUAAGCUGUGGGGAUCCUGAUAUGUAGAUCAGGGACGAUCAAUCUGUGGCUCUUGGACUAAUUUCUUGCAUGUGUUGAGGAGAGGUAAACAGAGGAAGCUGCCUUAUACCAAGUCAGACCCUUGACCCAUCUAGCUCAGCAUUGCCCACACUGACUGGCAGCAGCUGUCCAGGAUUUUAGACAGUCUCUUUUCAGCCCUUCUUGGAGAUGCUACUGGAGAUUGAACUUGAGACCUUAUGCAUGCAAAGCAUAUGCUCUACCACUGAGCUGCAGCCUCUUCUGGAGUGGGAUGGAAUGACAGGGGGGACCUGUUCACUUUGAGUUCUGGCCCCACUCACCACCAUCUGGAAGCAAAUACAGUCCUUAAAAGAAAAGGCUUUCCCCAUCACUAUGGUAGGUUUAGAUCCUUUUUUCUGACUGUGAUUUAAUAAAUCUGGUGUGUGCACUAGUCACAUGGAAGUAGGAGAAAUAUGUGAAUUAAGAACUGCAGUGCCUGCUAUAUGUUUUACAGUCCUUGCCCAAUCUAGAAAGUCAUGCAUGACCCAGUAAAUCCAUGGAAUAAAAUUGGGGUGUGGGGAGGGAACUAGCCAUCCCUAACUUUUAAGAUGUUUAAGUUGUGCCAUGAAAUGUACCAUUUGGGGUGGAGGAAGGCAGGGAAGGAUAAUCCAUAACAAACUAGAAUGGAAAUAAUAAGAGUUAUUUCAUGUUUGUACGCAAGUAAGCUUAUAUUUUGUCAGACUCAGUUAUAGAGUGUUUUGUAAGAACUGAAAUGUUCCCUUUAUGUUGGAAACAGAUUCUGGUAGCAUUUACCUCUCAUUAUAUUCAAAGAUCAAUUCGCUCUCUCCCUUUUCCUUCAGACUUCGUCAGAGGAGAUAGCCAAGCAUUCCUUGCUGAUGUGAAGUAGUUUGUUAAUAAACUGAUCUUAUUGCAUAUGUUUUCUCUCUAUAGAUAGAUAUAAUUAAAACAAAAUAUGAUACCUAAUUGUUCAAAGUGGUUUAAGCAAAAAGGGGUUGUGGUAAAAUGGCAAAUGCAGUUCCGUGUAAGCAAGGGUCAGGUUAUGUCAGGGGUCUCCAAACUUACUGGGCUUCGGGCCGGUGCCUGCAGUGUCGAUCGCAUGGCGGGCUGGAGGGCGCGGGAGCGCAUGCCCAUAAGCGUGUGCCCAUGCUAUUUCCGGUGCACUUCCAGGUUGCAGGAGCACUGGAAAUAGCUUGUGUGCAUGCGCACGGGCAUCCUCCAUCCCAGAAGUGUGCCGGAAAUGACACUUGUGCAUGUGCACAAGCUAUUUCCAGUGCUCUUGCGACCCGGAAGUGGGCAGCCAUGCCACGCCGCUAAGAGCAGGCAGAGGGGGUCGCCGUGGGCCAGAUAAACAAGCCCUUUGGGCCGGAGUCUGGGGAUCCCUGGGUUAUGUACACUGGGGCAAAAAUUAAUUAAUUAAUUUCACAUAUAUAUGCUCAUGGGGGAUGAACUAGUGGUGAGUGACCAGGAAUAAGACCUUGGGGUUAUAGUGGAUAUUUUAAUGAAAAUGUUACCCAGUGUGUGCCAGCUGUGAAAAAAGUGAAUCCCAUGGUAAAAUAAAACUGCCAAUAUCAUAAUGUAAACAAUGCAAAUCUAUGAUGCAGCCACCCUUGGAAUACUUUCUUCAAAAAAGAUUUUUCGUGGAAGAGGUUCAGAAAGGAGCAUCUAAAAUUAUCGAGGGGGUUGAGCAGCUCCCCUAUGAGGAUAAGUUACAACAUUUAGUUUGGAGAAAAAGCAAGUAAGAUUUUGUGGCAUGGAGAAAGUAGAGAAAAGUUUUUUGUCCCUCAAUACUAGAACUCAGGGACAUCCAAUGCUGUAAGAAUCAGGACAGAUGAAAGAACGUAUUUCUCCACCCAGCAAAUAGUUAAAAUGUGGAAAUUAUUCCCACAAGAAGUAGUGAUGAACAGUAACUUGGAUGGCUUUAAAAAAGGAUUAGACAAAUUAAGGAGGAUAAAGUUAUCGCUAUCUGUUAGCCAAUAUGGUUAUGUUCUAUCUCCACUAGAUGCUGGGAAGCUUCUCUUGUGCUUGGAUCCUGCUUGUGGGUUUUCCUUAGGCAUUGUUGGCACUUGAAAAACAGAAUGCUGAACUAGAUGUGCUUUGGGGUGAUCCAGCAAGCUCUUCUUAUAUUGAACUUGUCGUGCAGCGAAGUCAAAAUGCAGAGUCAAAAUUCACAGUAAAAAAGAAAAAACGUUUACUGAGGUAAACAGACUUCUUUACAAACACUGUACAAACAAUAAUGGAAGAGAACAAAGUAAAAAGAAGUAAAGCGCACACUGAACCCAUGUAUUUAUCCUUCCUGGCUCCUUGUGACUUCCUGUAAUUGAAACUAUAAGGAAAUGGGUCAGUGAGAGUCAGCUAGAAGAAUGAAUCUGCACUUUUCAGCCUUUUCCAACACUUUACUGCUUCUGCUCUCAAAGACCUUUGUCACAUGACAGAACUUUCCAUCUCAUGCCUUGCUCAUGUUGUUGUCCAAGAGAUGUGCAUAUCUGAAAGACUAUCUUUUCAUGUGGACAGAUGUACAUAUUCUGGAAGUAAGCUAUAUCUCUUCACAUAUAUGUCUGUACCAUCUGUGGACUGGUUCAGUUAAGAGAUGCAAGUAAUUCUUAUGCAGGCAAGCUCUGAGAUGAGGCUUCUUUUAUUAUGAGCAGUACACUUUCUACUUAAAGUUUGUGUGUAAGAUCUGUAUGCUAAAGCUCUACACACACCUGAAUGUACCAGGUCACAUGCACUGACGUGUAGUGCAUUGCUGGCAAAGGGAGAUUAUUUCACCAGACUGCAUCAUGUAGCUCUUCUCUCCAGCAUUUGGGUCUUUUUUGACUUAUGAACAACAUUUUCCAUGUCAAGAACAGAAAUACUGUUGAAAAUGCUGUAGCACAUCUUGGACCUCCUAUAUCAGAUAUAAUUGGCUUCCCACUGUGGCACCAACCAGAGUCUAGUUCUCUUAAAGCUCUUACCUGCUGCUAAAAAUAGUGGUUAGGGAUGAAUGGGAAGUGGGACGUCUGAAAAUGUCUGCCUAAGUCUAUCCAUGAAUAGGUUUAAUGAGACUCCUUUUCUCAAUGGAUGUGGAGCGAUUUACCUGAUCACACCCACUGGUCUUCUCUAAGGGUCUGUCUUUUCUGAUCCCCCUUGCAUCAAUGUUGCCUCUGGUCUUUAUUUGACUCCCUUGUGUUUCCUUCUGCUCGGUAUGCCACCACAAUUAGGAAACAAUGCCAAAGGGGGGGACCAGUCCCAGGUGUUUCCAUUACACCUGUCAUGGACAUUAUAAGGAAAAGGCACGGCCUCUCCUCGUUCCCGCUCAAAACACAAUAGCAGAUGCUCUUCCUUGAAAGGGUGGAAUAGUUCUUUAGAGAGGCAGAAUUAACAGUACAGACCCAGGGACCAGCAUAGAAUUAUAGUAGGAUCAGAGCUCUGAGAAAGUGACAGUAAUUGGCAGGACUCAUUGGGCUAGAAGCAGGCAGUCUGAGUUCAAAGAGUCCAAGAUCAGGGCAAGAGGUUCAGAAAUGCACAGAAGCCAAAGAGUUCUCAUAACCAACUGCCAAGCUUUUAAAGGCGGGGUUUGCUUAUUCAUGAGAUUCCUGUGCCUUGUGUGAAUGUUGAACUUGCAGACAUGCACUGCAUCGGUGAAGGUAGGGUGUCUUCCCACCUGCAGAGCUGCCAUGAGGUCCUGAAUGACAAGGCUGCACCCUUCAUUUCUGGAUCCUUCACCACCACCACCCCAAGUAGUUGGCUGAUGCCCUCCCCAGACUACACUGAUACUGACUCCUCUAUGGAAGGGAUGGGGCAAGCCAGGAUCCCCACCAGGGUUGCCGGAUUCUGGGAACCUGCCUCCUCCAGUCUCUGUUCCAUCGACACAGCUCCCACUAUCCCUUUCUCAUCACCUUCCUUGUUCUCCACAACUUUCCAACCCUAAGUCUGACAGAGUCUCAGGACUCACAAUAUAGCUACUGCUGCCCCAGUCUUUUAUGAAAACACAAGAUGGGCACUGGUUAAUACUGUCGAAGCAAAGUGAGUGCCUGUUGGCUGCUUGCUUGCUUCCUUGCUUAUGAUCAGUAUGUGGAGUUGGGCAACAUGAUGCCGCAUAGACAACUACUGUAUAACCUUGUAGAGUGCUACCAGCAUCUGGGUGGGGAGCCGUUACUUGUAAUGGUGAGUGAUUAUGCCAUGAAUAGGUGAAGAUAAGGAGAUCCUGGUAGAGCAGGCCAGUGACCCACCAAGCCCAGCAUCUUCUCACAGUGGUCAGCCAGAUGCUUAUGGGAAUCCCCAAAGCAGCAACCAAAUGCAAUAGCACCCUACCCACUUGUGAUUCCCAGCAGCUGGCAUUCAGAGACAUACUUCCUCCCAACAAAGGAGGUAAACGUGAUCCUCCACAUGUUUGUUUUUAGACUCCCAACUCCCAUCAGUUCCAGCCAGCAUAGCUAGUGGCCAGGCAUGAUGGGAGGUGGUAGACCAGCAACACCUGGAGGCUCACAAGUCCCCUAUCCCUCAGUUCAGCCAAGCUUACCAUGCCUUCACUACCACAUGGAAGAAAGGGUAGCAUGGACAGAGUAAGUCUGGGUUCGUCACUGUCAAACACUGCCGCCCUACACACCUGCAGGUAGUUGUGUGUAAAAUAGCUGUGUGAUGUGAUGACUUCCAGUCCAUACAGUGUUACCAGGUUAAAACAUAAACUACGACUAUGGAAGGGAAAGUAGAAUUUGCACAGUUCUUGCUAAGCAUUUGCAUUAGUGAUGCAAUGAGACACAGCACACAUUGUUUGGGCUCUUGUCUAGUUGUCAUUGCAUGUUGUAUAAUUUGAUUUGAACAUAGCUGUUGGACACGAACAAUUGUGGAACAGACUUCUGAUUUUACAUCCCUCCUGCUUUAUUCAGCCUUCAUGGUUUCAUGGCAAAAGUCAUCCCUCUUGCACAAUCCCACUUCUCUCUUUUCCUUCCAAUAACACCUUGUACCUUGAAUACUUCAAGAGCACAUUUUACCUGCAUAGAGCCUUCAACUCCCACAGAACCCCAGUGCAUUGCAGGGGAUAAUGGGACAUAUUCUGCAUUGGCCUUCCCCAACCUGGUGUUCUCCAGAUGUUUUAGACCAGGGGUAGUCAACCUUUUUAUACCUACUGCCCACUAAUGCAUCUUUCUUGAUGGUAAAAUUUCCUUACUGCCCACCAGUGCCCGAUGGAAGGAUUCAGCUUGUGCCACAGAACCCCCUACCACCCACCUAGAAUCCUGAAACGCCCAGUAGUGGGCAGUAGGGACCAGGUUGGCAACCCCGGUUUUAGACUGUAAUUCUCACCAGCACCCCCACCCCACCCCCUAUCUUGGCUUGAGCUGAUGGGAGUAGAAGUUCAAAGCAUUUAGAAGGCAAAUGUUUUGGGAAGGCUGUUCUACCAUCAAGUAGAGCUCUUGAUCAAGCUUAUUGAUGACCCUUGUGACCCUAGAGCAGGCACCCCCAAACUUCGACCCUCCAGAUGUUUUGGACUACAAUUCCCAUCAUCCCUGACCACUGGUCCUGUUAGCUAGGGAUCAUGGAAGUUGUAGGCAAACACAUCUGGAGGGCGCUAGUUUGGGGGUGACUGCCCUAGAACGUGACAUAGAACACACCUGCUUCUUCUCUGUGGAUCAGCAGGAGGCUGAAAUGCUUCUGAAUGAUCCACAGGACUCCAUGUCAUCCAACAUUUCUCUAAUGAAAAUAAGGACAUCCUAAGGAAAAGUACUUUCCUGGAAAAUAGGGACACUUGGAAGGUCUGCAAUCAUGGGAGUUGUAGUCCAGCAACACCUGCAGGCAAUACAUGUUCUCACCCUGUUCUAGCUGAGGAACACCCCCCCC